AUGGAAAAUGUCAAAGCGACAAAUGACGCGCUGGUGGACAUUGACCAAACGUUGACAUCUGUAUUUGUCACGACGGCGGCGGACCAAUUAUCGAUAUUGGUACAAUUUUCUUAUCUAGAAGGUCCCCGCGUAGAUUCUGCUCGCAUUGAUAAUAUCUACGUGCAGUUAACCGCUUUAGGAAAAAGCAGUACAAAUUGCAUUCAAUGCCCGACACAAAUAUCAAGCCACAUUGACCGGUUGCAUGGCAAACGGUGA